AACUUACGUGUACUCGACAAGGUUGUACUACGACAUGGACACUCUUGCUACUCCCCGUUCUGAUGUUUCUGCUGCGUCUGCCAUGUCUGCGGCGUACGCGUCGACACUCGACGAGCACAACGAACAGCGUGCGCUGGCCGAGGCCAUGGUGCCGAUGCUCGGCAAGCUGUACCGGUCCAACACGGUGGUGUGCUCUGUCUUUGGCAACGAGCUGAUGAACGUGACCGUCAUUGGCCUGCUCAAGAUCCACCGUGCUGUCCGCCAUGUUGUCCCGCAUCUCCCGGCCGGCAUCUCUAUCCACGAGACCAUGCCGUUCCUCACCGCACUCGUGGAGCUCGGGACGGAGCUUGGCCCGUGCCACGUCGAUCUCGGCAAGCUCUCGGUGGCGUACACCCGCGAGGGUGGCUCGAUUGAUGACGAUGCUGCCGUGGCGGCAUACGUCCUCAACCAUGUCCAGCAUGUGCUCGGCGCCGGCCCGAUGAUGGAUCUCGGCCGUGGGCGCGACGUUGUCCUCUUUGGCUUUGGCCGUAUCGGCCGGCUGGUGGCGCGGGUGCUGCUGGAGAAGACCGGUGCGGGUGACAUGCUUGCGCUGCGGGCGAUUGUGGUCCGCCCGCACAUGGACCCGGUGCAGGACAUCCGGAAGCGGGCAUCGCUGCUGAAGCGCGACUCGAGCCACGGCAAGUUCAAGGGCAUGAUCGAGGUGGAUGAAGCCGGUGGCUUUCUCAUUGCCAACGGCGUGCGGAUCAAGAUGAUCUACGCCAAGGAUCGGACGGCGAUCGACUACACCGAGUACGGGAUCGAGGACGCAAUCCUGAUCGACAACACCGGCAUUUGGCGGACGCGCGAGACGCUCGCCGAGCACGCCAAGUGCCCGGGCAUUUCCAAGGUUGUGCUUACCGCACCCGGCAAGGGCGACGUGCCGAACAUUGUGGUCGGUGUCAACUCGGACAACAUCGACAUGGAUGAGACGGUGUACGCGGCAGCGUCGUGCACAACCAACGCAGUCUGCCCUCCGCUGCAGAUCCUCGACGCGCUGUACGGCAUCGACUCGGUCCACAUCGAGACCAUCCAUGCCUUUACCAACGACCAGAACCUGCUGGACAACUUCCACAAGAAGGAACGUCGUGGCCGCGCCGCGCCACUCAACCUUGUCCUCACCGAGACCGGGGCGGCCAAGGCCGUGGCCGGCGCGCUCCCGCAGCUCGCGGGCAAGGUCACCGGCUCGGCCAUCCGGUGCCCGACGCCCGACGUCUCGAUGGCCAUCCUCAUUGUGACGCUCAAGCGCGACACGACCGUAGACGAGGUCAACAACGCCCUCCGCCACGCCGCGCUCGCCGGCCCGCUCCAGCAGCAGGUCAUGUACUCGGACUCGCGCGAGGCCGCGUCGACUGACAUGGUCUCGUCGACCGCGACGACCAUCGUCGACUCGCCGUCGACCAUUGUCCACGGCAACCGGACCAACAUCUACUGCUGGUACGACAACGAGCUCGGCUACGUCCACCAGGUUGUCCGCCUGGUCGAGAUCAUCGGCGGCGUCCAGCGCGUCGUCAUCCCAGCCCGGUUUGAUGACGACGACGAGUAAGGAAUCACCGGCCGGGGGUAAAGCUUCCAAACGUAUGA